CCAGGGGGGGCCCCUUUUUGCUCAGUCUUGUGUAGCUCGCGUUGCCAGUCGUUACUCUCACAAGAUGCGUCAGAAUGCAAUGAGGUGAAGAGGCAGGAUGUCGGGCGAUCGCUGGAGAACGGAAUCUGGCGAGCUUUCGUCAGAACCGAAAGAACAAUUAGAAGACAAUAAGGAGUUGUGACGGAAGUGCGACGUGGGCGAGGAGCAUGCGGUGAUGGAAUUGCUAGAUAGGCGGCCGGACAUCGUCGAGCGUUGGCUGUCGGAACGCGCACCGCCGCACCUGGCUGCCAGCCUCAAGCGACCCAGCAUAACAUCAGAACUAUUCAAUCUCUGGCUUACCUCGUCGCCCAUUAAGCGAUCCAGAUCGCCCAACAGGCCGAGGGUGUCUGGAGAAUGGCGUCGUCGGCUGAACCUGCUGGACGAGGGGGAGUUGUUUAUGGAAUUGAUCCGAGACGUAUCCAACGAGCUCGAUAUCGAUGUCCUCUGCCACAAAAUCCUGGUGAACGUGGGUCUACUCACGAGGGCCGACCGGGGCUCCCUGUUCCUCGCCCGAGGAGCCCAAGAUUCCAAGUACCUCGUGGCUAAGCUCUUCGAUGUCACAGUAGAUACCGAGCUUGAAGAUGCGAUCAAGAAAGCCAAAGCUGAAGAGAUCAGAAUACCUUUCGGGGUUGGUGUGGCAGGGGUGGUGGCCAAGAAGAAGGAAGUUAUCAACAUCAAGGACGCCUACACGGACCCCAGGUUCAACAGCGAGAUAGACAUGCGAACCGGCUACAAGACGACCACCAUCCUAUGCGGGCCCAUCUGCAACUACGAGGGCGACGUAAUCGGGGUGGCGCAGAUUAUUAACAAAACGGACGGAUCGCAGGAGUUUUCUGAUAGGGACGUCGAGGUAUUCCAGAGGUAUCUUACGUUCUGCGGCAUUGGAAUCCAGAACGCACAGCUUUUCGAAAUGUCCGUACAAGAGUUUAAGAGGAACCAAAUUCUGCUCAAUUUGGCCAGGUCAAUAUUCGAGGAGCAGAACAACUUGGAAAGGCUAGUGACUAAGAUAAUGACCGAGGCUCGUGAUCUCCUCAAGUGCGAAAGGUGCGCCGUUUUCCUCUUGGAUACCCACUGCGGCGAAGCCAUCCACUUGGAAAGCUUGUGCGACACGGGAGUGGUCAUACCGGAGCGUAAGCCUUUGUGCAGGCGAGAAAGCAAUAAUGUCAAUGUUGAAGAAAUACUCGCACCGAAAAAACGGACGAAAAUGAAAUUCACAGUAGUGUUUGAGCUGAAGUCCGAUUCGCAAAAAGCCCAAGUAUACACGCCGAAUCAAAGCGACCUCGACAAAUCUAGGCUGGCACAAAUCGCCAGCUACGUCGCUGCCAGUGGACAGAUCCUGACUAUUGGAGACGUGUCGACCUGGAUGAACCAAACAGUGACCGGUGGCGAAUAUGACAAUGAGGUCAAAUGUAUCCUCUGCAUGCCCAUAAUCAACGGACAGAAACAAAUCAUCGGCGUCGCCCAGCUCAUAAACAAAGAAACUGGCCAACCGUUUACAGACUGUGAUAUAUCGAUUUUUGAAGCGUUUGCCAUAUUCUGCGGCUUGGGGAUUCACAACACACAAAUGUAUGAAAAUGCUUGCAAAUUAAUGGCAAAACAAAAAGUGGCCCUCGAGUGCCUCUCGUACCACGCAACAGCUUCCCUAGAUGACACUGCUAAGUUAUACAAAGAUACCAUUCCUUCGGCGGAAGCCUACAAUUUAUUUAGCUUUACGUUCAUUGAUUUUGACCUCACCGAUGAAGAUACUUGCAGAGCGACAAUCAGAAUGUUCCUAGAAUGCAAUCUAGUCGACCAGUAUCAUAUACCAUAUGACGUUCUCUGCAGGUGGGUUCUGAGUGUGAAGAAGAACUACCGUCCUGUCAAAUACCACAACUGGAGGCAUGCGCUAAACGUGGCUCAAACCAUGUUCGCCAUGCUGAAAACUGGGAAAAUGGAGAGGUUCAUGACUGAUCUCGAGAUUUUAGGGCUUUUAGUGGCGUGUUUGUGUCACGAUCUUGACCAUAGGGGCACGAACAACGCCUUUCAAACCAAGACCGAGUCACCUCUUGCGAUCCUCUACACCACGAGCACUAUGGAGCACCACCAUUUCGACCAGUGUGUCAUGAUUCUAAACAGCGAGGGAAACAACAUAUUCCAGGCUUUAUCUCCGGAAGAUUAUAGGACGGUGAUGAAAGUAGUCGAGCACUCGAUCCUCUCAACGGAUUUAGCAAUGUACUUUAAGAAGAAAAAUAGUUUUCUUCAGCUGAUUGAUGAGGGCGAAUUCGACUGGCAGAGCGAGGGGAAAAAAGAACUGUUGUGCGGCAUGAUGAUGACGGGUUGUGAUGUGGGAGCGAUAGCGAAGCCGUGGGAAGUCCAACACAAAGUGGCCAAGCUAGUCGCCGAUGAAUUUUUUGACCAGGGCGAUCUGGAAAAGCUCCAGCUUAACACUCAGCCAGUUGCAAUGAUGGACAGAGAAAGAAAAGAUGAACUGCCACAAAUGCAAGUUGGUUUCAUCGAUGUUAUUUGUCUUCCACUCUAUAAGGUCCUAUCAGAUACGUUUCCUUGGAUAAUGCCCCUUUAUCAAGGCACACUCGAAAACCGGCAGCAUUGGCAGGAUUUGGCCGAGAAAGUUGAAAUGGGUCUGACAUGGAUUGAUCAUGACACCAUUGAAAAACCUAUUGAAGAGUUUUCAGCAGAUCAAGGCACAAAAGAUAUUGAGUUCACCGUAACGACACUCAACUGUGACAAAAAGCAAAGUGAGCCUGAAAGUGUGCAACAAGGACAGCGAAGAGUUAAUGGCACAACAAUGGGCAGAUUCACAAGUCUAAGGAAAAAUCGAGCACUCGGUAAAUCUGUUAAAACGAGAAUAAGUCGUUCGUUAUACAGCAGAUCAGCAAGUUCUCAAUCAGAAGAAAAGAGUGAUGAUGGUGUAAAAACUCCAAAGGCUGAAGAGAUAAAGCCAAUCCCUCACCAAAAGGCAAAAAGUCGUCUCUGCUCUAUUUUCUGACACAAAGGCAAUUGAUAAAAGAUUAAAAUCUUUUUAAAUUCAAAACUUUUGUAAAUUUGUUUAUAAGUUGUUUUUUUAAUGCAGAUCAUUGGCAUAGGUAACUGUUUAAAAACGUCUGGCAAGUCCGCAGUUAGGCUCGGCGCACACAUGCAAUUUUUAGUUGUGCAACAAUUUCAUACCAGGAGUUCGUGCAAAGGGUUUGUAUGAAAGCGCACACACUUCCUUUAGCAUGCAAUUAUAAGUCCGACCAACUAGAUAGCUUGCAUUUUGUCACAAACUGAACAGUUGCGCAACUGUAUGCAACUCACCAGCAUGACACAGAGUGAAAGAAAGGUGAUCGCACUCACUGCAACUAAACGAUUGCACAAUUCCUUCGUGUGCUAUGAAAGCAGGCAGUAAUUGUUCGGAAGAAUGACAAGAAAAGUCUUUCUUCCAUUUAGUAUCUAAAAAUUGCUUAAAUGUGUGCACUUCAGUAGAUAACAAAUCGAACCUUGUCAAAAUUGUUGUGCAACUAAAAAUUGCAUAUGUGCACCUAGCGUUAUGUAACAUUGUGUUUUGUUGUAAAUCAAUGACCUACUAAAACAAAUGAAUUGUGAGGUAUAAAAACAAAAUAUGUAUAAUUGACAAGGUUAAAACUGUCUAUUACCUAACAAAUAUUUAUAUAAUCGUUCUUUCCUGAUAUUGUGUUAAAAUUUUGAAUAUUUAACAUUUUAUCACAUAUUUUACCAGUUUAUCUGAAGAGCUUAUAUUGUUUACAGUAUUUAAGUUAGAACCUUUAUCACUUUUAAUUAAUUCAAAAUUUAUGUUCGUUAAGGAAUUUUGUUUGACAAUAAGAAAGAUUUGAUUUUCAGUGAUAUAAAAUGAUGAACUACAAAUGUAAAUUUGAAGAUUGUCCAUGCUAGCUGUUUUAUUAUAUUUUUAUACUUUUAUAAACACUGUUGAAUAUUAUUUUAAUAAUUAUUUUUCAUAAGUUAAUAAAAAUAAUUGCCAACUUUUAAGCAGCUACAAUUGCUAUGUGGUUUAGUUUUGAACUAUUUCCAAUUUCGCAACUCACAAAAGCUUUCAUAUAUUAUCAAAUGAAGGAAUUAUUUUUUUUAAACAUCACAUUCCCAGUUGCAUUAUUAAUAUUGGCUUUUAUUUUAAAAGCAUCAAUAAAAAAUAAAAAAAGCAGAGAACCUCCGCCUCAAUAUUAAUGUUCGAAUUUAAGAAGGCUAUACAUGUUGGAAUAAUUUUUUAGCUAGGCGCUAUUGACAUAAAAAAUAA